AUGGAAUUUUCCACACUGGAAUUUUCCAUGACUGGAAUUUUCCUUGCUGGAAUCUUCCCUGCUGGAAUUUUCCAUGUUGGAAUUUUCCAUCCUGACCUUUUCCAUGCUGGAAUUUUCCCUGCUGGAAUUUCCCCCCUGAGCAUUCCGCGUGUUCCCGGCAGGUUCGGGAUCCGCCUGGUCCCGCGGCGCUCCGAGGAUCGCUACGACUGCUACAAGUGCCACUGGCAGCAGGGCAGGAUGAGCGGCUACGGAAUCUGUGAGUACGGGAACGGCCAGGUCUACAAGGGUUAUUUCAAGGAUGACGCGCGCCACGGAUUCGGGAUCCUGGAGAAUUCCUCGGCUCAGCGUCCCUUCAAAUACACCGGCCACUGGGAAAAGGACAAAAAGAGCGGAUACGGAGUCUGGGAAGACAAGGAGAGAGGGGAGAGGUACAUCGGGAUGUGGUGGGAUGACCGCAGGCACGGAGACGGAAUCGUGGUGACGCACUCGGGGCUCUGCUACCAGAGGAGGUUCCAGGCGGAUAAAAUGGUGGGCUCGGGAAUUCUGUUCCUGGAGGACGGAUCUGUCUACGAAGGGAAUUUCACGGAAGAUCUGACGUUUGUGGGAAAGGUGGGAAUUCCUUCCACAAUUCCAUAUUCCCAAAUUUUGGGAAUAUUCCUCAUUCCCAGAAGGAAAGCCGAA